CUUCUCCACCAUUGCUAACCUGUUCCCAGAUGGGAACCCAUUGCAGCUAUGGCUGGGUUCCUUCGGAGGAAGGCCAGGAUCCCUUGGAACACAACUGGGAGAUGGUGGUUCUUUCAAUCGCUGCUUUGGUGGUCCUCAAGCAUAAGAAAUAAACUUUUUUUUAAAAAAAAACCCACAAAUUUUCACCUUUUCUUCUUCUUGACCUUCUCAAAAUGCUCAGCACUCCAAAAAGCAAUUACAAAAGAAAUGAUGUGCCGGUGGUGUUCAUUUGGAGCAAGUUGGCAACCUCCACGUAGUGGAAUAAUGGUGGUUUUCUUUCUCUUUUCUUUUUUGCGAACUAUGCAAAGGCUUUCCGGACACUGUCUAAGGCAGCCUUCCCCAACCUGGUGCCCUUCAGAUGUUUUGGACUACAACUCCCGUCAGCCCCAGCUAGAGAACAUAGAGGGAGGUGACUAUAACCCCCAUUUUACAAAACAUGAGGCUGAAGCUAGAGAAUAGCUCUGUCGGUGAACGAUAACCAAAGUGACCACUCAGUGGGCUUAUUUUGGCGGGGCCCUCAGUACCAAUUGCAGGGGAGCACCAGUGGGAGGGAGUUGUGGCAACCAGGCCCUGUUUUUGCAGCUUCCAUGGAUCAACUGGAUAGUCCUUGUUGGAGAUUCACUGAAUCCAGCAAAACAGUUCUUACAGUGAGGCCAAUUCAGUUGAGGCCACUUAAUGCUUAUUUUUUGCUAAGAACAUUGAAAGCUACCUUGUACCAAGUCAGACCCUGGUCCCUCUAGCUCAGUAUAACCUACACUGACUGGCAGCUCUUAGAUUCCUGACCCUUGUCCCUGAUGAGAAAUCACAUGGAUAUUUUUGCCCUCGCAAAUGUUUUAUUCUGUUAGUGUAAGAAUAUGUAGUGUAGGCAGGGCUGUGACGUUACAUAGACUGGAAAGGCAAGACUCUGGUAGCUUUCCAUUCUGUGUGACAUGAAAGCUCAAGUCCUCUUGCACCAGCUGAGUGGCUGGCUGGCUACGAUGGCAAGGUUGGCUUGUGAUGGGCGUGCCUUCGGGAGAGGUACCGCAGGAUGGAACCUGGCUGUUUUCUUGUGCAGGGGUGCCCUCUUGUGGAGCGAUUGGUGCUUACAAUUCUAGUGUGAAAAACGUGUCAGUUGUAAGAGGAAGAGUUACGUGGGAUUAUGAUUACAUUUAGCAUGGCAGAUUUUGACCUUAACGGGAAAAUGUGACUUGAGAUGGUGACAAUCACAAGCGGUCCUUGUGUCUAAAAGUGAGAGCUGGUGUGGAGGAUUAAUGGCCAGCAUGCUUUUCUUCGGCAUGGGAAGCCGGCUAGUCAAAUGGAAUGAAAUAAAGUAAAUUCCCUAUCCACAAAUAAUGAGACUGCACAAACUUGCUUUCCUUGAUACCUUUUAACUAGAGGUCCUGAUAAGCAUCUGAAUUGAGAAUACAGUUGGAGAUUGCAUUCCUCUUCUAGACCUUCAUGCAGCUGACCUGAGCAAGGGGAAAUUUUCAAAGGCUAAAGGGAAAGUCGAUCACAACUUAUGGCCAUCUUAUGAAUCAGCGACCUCCAACAGCAUCUGUUGUGAACCACCCUGUUCAGAUCUUGUCUGAAAGAAGCUCUUCGACUGUGAAUUGAAGCAGGAGGCCGACAGAGCGGACCCAGGAUGGCUUCGCCGGCAGACAGUUGCAUCCAGUUCACCCGACACGCCAGCGAUGUCCUCCUCAACCUCAAUCGUCUCAGGAGCAGGGACAUCCUGACGGACGUUGUGAUUAUUGUCAAUCGGGAACAGUUCCGAGCCCACAAAACAGUCCUGAUGGCCUGCAGUGGCCUUUUCUACAGCAUUUUCACUGAUCAGCUGAAGUGCAAUUUGAACGUCAUCAACUUGGAUCCUGAGAUCAACCCUGAAGGAUUUGGCAUCCUCCUUGAGUUUAUGUACACCUCCCGGCUCAACUUACGGGAGAGCAACAUCAUGGCCGUCAUGACCACUGCCCUUUACCUGCAGAUGGAGCAUGUUGUAGACACCUGCCGGAGGCUAGUCAACACUAGUGAAUCAGAGAUGGUAUCUGCUGUGAAGACUCCGCGGGAAGACUUCCUAGGCAGCCGAAUGGUGAGUCAUCCGGAUAUGAUGGCUUAUAGGACCAGAGAAAUGUCGGAAAACAGUCUGCCUCUUCGGAAUGGGUCAAUUUGUGAUGGGAGAGCCUUUGUCCCCGGCUUGUACAGCAGCCUUUCUGGGUCUCCCAUCUCCUACACUGGAUAUAACCCUAUGCCUGUCGGCGGCUACCUCUUCUCAGACGAAGAGCUACGAGAGGCGCGGAUGCCCAUGUCGGACGUUUCGAGAGCCAACCCUUUCCCAAGGGAGAGAGCCAUGCUCUGUGGCAGUUCCCGGACCAACGCCACCGAGUACACCAGAUCCGUCGCUGACAUCUCUCCCAACAUGUGCCACACUGCCGUCUACUCUCCAAAAGAAGCUGCUGCUGACGAGGUCAAAAGUGACGUGCACUACACUGCCACCACUGGCCCAAAGCCUGCGGCCCCUUUGGUGGCUCGCAACGGUUCCUACUUUGCUUGCGACAAAGUGGGCAAAGAGGAGGAGAGGCCCUCCGCGGAAGAGGAGAUGGGCCAGGGCUUUGAGCCGACCAACGUGCCGAUGAACCGCAAGGUUCUCAUCAGCCCCCAAAGCCCCCAGAAAUCGGACUGCCAGCCCAAUUCACCAACAGAGUCCAGCAGCAGCAAAAACGCCUGCAUCGGCCAGGGCUCUGGGUCCCAGUCGGCCAAGAGUCCCACUGACCCCAAGGCUUGCAACUGGAAGAAGUACAAGUUCAUUGUGCUCAAUUCCCUCAACCAGAGUGCCAAGCAGGACGGCCCUGAGCGGAACGAGGCGGGGACCCGCUCCCCACGCUCCUACGUGCCCUCCUUGGCUUGCCAGCAGUCCAUCGAGCCGGAGAGUUUAGACGUGCAAUCCCCAACCAAAAUGAGCGUCAAUGGGGAAGACUCGACAAUCCCUCAAGCAAGCAGGCUGAACAACAUUGUUAACAGGUCAUUAGACGGGUCUCCUCGGAGCAGCGAGGACCAGUCCCCGUUGUAUCUGCACUCCUCCAAGUGCAGCUCCUGUGGUUCACAAUCCCCCCAGCAUUCUGAGAUGUGCCUUCACACCCCCGGUUCAAACUUUGGAGAAGAGAUGGGGGAAACACAGUCUGAAUACUCUGAUUCCAGUUGUGAAAACGGAACCUUUUUCUGCAAUGAGUGUCACUGCCGGUUUUCGGAAGAUGCUUUGCUGAAGAGACACUCCCUCCAAAUGCACAGCGACAAGCCUUACAAGUGUGACCGUUGCCAGGCCUCCUUCCGCUACAAGGGGAACCUAGCCAGCCAUAAAACCGUCCACACAGGUGAGAAACCUUAUCGCUGCAGCAUUUGUGGAGCACAGUUCAACCGGCCGGCCAACCUGAAAACUCACACGCGGAUCCACUCUGGAGAAAAGCCUUACAAGUGCGAGACCUGCGGGGCAAGAUUUGUCCAGGUAGCACAUCUGCGGGCUCAUGUGCUGAUCCAUACUGGCGAGAAACCCUACCCAUGUGAAAUCUGUGGCACACGCUUCAGGCACCUGCAGACGCUCAAGAGUCACCUUCGGAUCCAUACCGGAGAGAAGCCGUACCAUUGUGAAAAGUGCAACCUACAUUUUCGCCACAAAAGCCAACUCCGCCUUCAUCUUCGCCAGAAGCACGGUGCCAUCACUAACACCAAGAUGCAGUACCGCGUCUCAACAGUAGAAGGCGCACCCGAACUUCCAAAGGCUUGCUAAAGAAGGACAUGUUUUUUUCUAGUGGGCGGCGGACAAAGACGGUCUGAUUUGGGGGAAGGAAGGGGGCGAUGUCCAAAGCAUACUUGUAACACUUUAGGAAAACAAGCUUUCUUCUUCUUCUUUUUGUCACACAAUGGAGUGCCUCUCGAAGCCCAGAGUGCAGGCAGUUGGAAAAGAGAGAGAAAGUGUAUAAUACACGGGUUUUAUGUUUCUUUUUCUUUUUUUCUUUUGCUUCCCAAUUAUGUGAAUUUUUAAUAGUCAGAUCGAUUGUGUGUGUGCAAACGAGGCUGGGAAGAAAACCUUUCUUUAAAAGUCUGUGCAGUGGAAUGUCUCAAGCUUGACCCUUCACAGCCAGAAGAUGAGGAAUGUAUAACGUUUCACGGGAACAAAUUUCUUUUCUUAUUUUGCAAAAUUAUAUGUUUUUUAACGAAAGAGGGGGGGAAAGAGAUUGUAUAUGCUAUCAGAAUGGAGAGGGCUUUAACUUUUUAACCAAAGGUGAAGGAAUCUAUGGCAGAGCUGUAAAUAUAUGAAUAUAUAUAUAUAUAUAAAAUAUAAACCUUCAGAAAAAAGAUAUAUUAAAUAUAUAUAUAUAUAUAUAUAUAUAUAAUGCAUUAAAGUAUCUCGUUAGUCUCUGCAGGCGGAUGGCUGAUCAGGGAGUCUUUAUUGUAACAAAGCACUUAACACGAUAUUUUAAAAGUAUUGCAUCUGUAUUAGUGAGAAAAUAUUUUGUCUAAAAGCAUUGAGUGUGUAUUUGUAUUUUUUUGCAAGUGAAGGUUUACAAUUUACAAAAAAAAAGUGUGUAUUAAACCAACAAAGCUGCAGAAGGAAUUUAAAAUAAUAUAAAAAUGUAAUUUUGUUUUUGUUUUGUUUUUUUCCAGUCUGUAUAUAUAUGUACAAUGUUUGUUUGGGGUUUUAUUUUUAUUUUAUUUUUUUCUUUUCUCACAGUGCCUUUCUUUUCAACUAAAUUAGAGCCCAGUUUUGAGGUACGGUCUGGAGUUACUUAAAAUGGGGGUCAUUGCAGACUCUUGAUGGAGAAUGUGAGGUGGUGGUGUUUCUUUAAAUAAUAAUAAUAAUUUGGUCUUGUUUUAUACCCUUGUGUUACAAUCAGUCAGUCUCGGGUGACAGGGUUUGGGGUGUAUCAAACUGCAUUAAUGCAUUCUGUAAAAUAUAGCUGUACAAAUUCAGAAAUAAAAACAGCAGAAAGCAACCGUGA